AAAGACCUUGGCAUCGUCAGCGGCGGGGUCACCGUACCGUUGGUAUUAUAUUAUACUGAUUUACUGAAUACGUAAUUAAUUAGGUGACUGAAAAUAUGACGAUGAGGUGACGCAUGUUCGUCUCAUCUGUUGACUGCGAAUAGCCGCCGGCUGUCGGCGGCGUGCAGCUUCCUGCCUUCUUCGUCUUCCUCACUUCAUCUUUCUUUUGGCUGCAGCAUCAUCAUCGUCGACUCUAUAAAUUAAUGUAAUGACUGUCCAUCUCUCCUCCCAUUGCUUACCUUCCUUGCUCCAUUCUAUACGUACAUAGUAGUACUGAAUCAUCAGAUCACACCGACCAUGGCCAUGGAGACGCAGACGCCCGAGACCAUCGUCCCUCCGACCACCAUCCCUCCUCUUCUGACCCCCUACAAGAUGGGCGCAUUUGAGCUGGAACACAGGGUGGUGCUGGCGCCGCUGACGCGGCAGCGCUCCUACGGCAACGUCCCGCAGCCGCACGGCGCCGUCUACUACGCGCAGCGCGCCACCCGGGGCGGCCUCCUCAUCACUGAGGCCACGGGCGUCUCCGACACGGCGCAGGGCUACACCGACACGCCGGGAGUGUGGACGCCCGACCAGGUGGCGGCGUGGCGGCCCAUCGUAGACGCCGUCCACGCCAAGGGCGCCGUCUUCUUCUGCCAGCUCUGGCACGUCGGCCGCGUCUCCACCACCGCGCUCCAGCCGGGCGGGGCCGCGCCCAUCUCCAGCACCGACCGGGCCGUCGCGCCGCAGCUCAGCUUCGACGGCCACCUCGAGAAGUUCUCCCCGCCGCGCCGCCUGGAGGCGCGCGAGAUCCCCGCCAUCGUCGACGACUUCCGCCGCGCGGCGCGCAACGCGCUCCUCGCGGGCUUCGACGGCGUCGAGGUCCACGGCGCCAACGGCUACCUCAUCGAGCAGUUCCUCAAGGACAGCGCCAACGACCGGGACGACGAGUACGGCGGCUCCCUCGAGAACCGCUGCCGCUUCGCGCUCGAGGUCGUGCGCGCCGUCGCCGGCGAGGUCGGGCCGGGCCGCGUCGGCGUCCGCCUCUCCCCCUUCACUGACUACAUGGACUGCCACGACUCCGACCCGGAGGCCCUGGCGGGGUACCUCGUCCGCAGCCUCAGCGACGUCGGUGUGCUCUACUGCCACAUGAUCGAGCCACGGAUGGCCAUCGUUGACGGCCGACGCCAGAUCCCGCACCGCCUGCGCCCGUUCAGGGAGGCAUUCCGGGGCACCUUCAUCGCCGCCGGAGGGUACGACAGGGCGGAGGGGGACAAGGUGGUGGAGGAAGGCUACACGGACCUCGUCGCCUACGGCAGGCUGUUCCUGGCCAACCCGGAUCUGCCCCGGAGGUUCCGCCUCCCCGACGCGCCGCUCAACAAGUACGACCGCACCACCUUCUACACCUCCGACCCCGUCAUUGGAUACACAGACUACCCCUUUCUCGCCGACGCCGACGCCGACAAAUAAAUGAUCCAUCUACCGUCGCCGACACGCCGGCCUCCCCUCCCCUCCCGGCCUCCCCAGUCCCCUCCCCUCCCUCUGCUCUGCUGUACGUACGUACGUGUUCACGCCAAUGCCAUGAUCCAUGCCAGCCGGCCAAUUUAUACAUCUUAUACUAUAACCCAGGACGAUAUCAAGCCCUGGAUGCUAAACGAUCAUUUUGAUGGCCCAGUCAUAAAAUGGGCCGUCUACUGGCUAAACAAAUAAGGCCCAUUUUCAGCUUUCUUGUCCACCAGAAAAAAAAUGGCUCUGGCUUUCUUGUGGUGGAUCGGU